AUGGUUUUUCUUAAGAAAUUAACAAGAAAAAAAUUUUGGCCAAUUCAAAUAUAUAGAAAUUUAAUUAUUCAAAUAUCCAAAAAUCCAUUUAAUGUAUUAGGAAUAGAAACAUCCUGUGAUGAUACAGGAGUUGCAAUAGUAAAUUCAUCAAGACAAAUAAUAUAUGAGUCAAUUCAACUUCAACAUGAUAUUCAUGAACAAAAUGGUGGAAUUGUUCCAAGUUUAGCAAUGAAAAGUCAUCAAAUACAUUUACCUCGAGUUAUCAAUGAAGCUUUAAUUGGAGGGAAGUUAGAUAUAGUUAAAGAUAUUGAUGUUAUUGCAGUUACGAGAGGUCCAGGAUUACCGGGAUGUUUAGGAAUUGGAUUAAGUGCAGCUAAAACUCUGGCUGCUGUUUUAGGGAAACCAUUAAUAGGUGUUCAUCAUAUGGCAUCACAUGCUUUAACUGCACGCUUAACUCAUACCGAAUUAAUACCUUUUCCUUACUUGACAAUUUUAAUUUCUGGUGGACACACAUUAAUCUUGGUGACAAAUGGGAUUAAUAAACAUAUACAAUUAGGUACUACAAUAGAUGAUUCGGUUGGCGAAGCAUUUGAUAAAAUUGCCAGAUUAUUGAAAAUUCCUUGGUUAAAAGGACGAGGAGGUGGACCCGGAGCAGCAUUAGAACAAUUUGCCAUAGGUGGUAAAUCGGAUAAAUUUCAAAUACCUAUACCAAUGAGAAAGGAUCAACAAAGAAGGAAAGAAAUGAAUUUUAGUUUUAGUGGAUUAAAAACUUGUAUACAACAAUUAGUUCAAAAACAAAAUUUGAAUUUAGAAGAUGAACAAGUUAAAAAAGAUUUAGCAGCUGGUGGAGUAGCAAGUAAUAAAAGUAUUCGCGCAAGCUUAGAAAAAUUGGCAAAUGAACGAUAUAAUAUUCCUUUGAUUUCUCCACCUUCACAUUUGUGUACUGAUAAUGGAGUAAUGAUUGCUUGGACCGGUGUAGAAAGAUUUCGAGAAGGAUUAAUAGAUGAAUAUAAUAUUGAUCAUAUUCCAAAAUGGUCUAUAGAAGAUUUAUCAAAAUGA